UCAUCGAAUCAAACGCGACCGCAAAUUCUAGUUAGUCAGUAUUGAAUUCGAUUUUCAAGGAAACAGACGUUCUCAAAAUUUCUGUAUCUGACGCGUCGUGUUCUCCCAGUUAGCUAAAAACUUAUAUACAUACAUACAUAUGUAUAUAUUUUUAUGUGCAUUUUGGAAAUAUAACUUACCAUAUUGUCAUUCCAAAAGAUAUUAACCGAAAUUUAGACACAUCCAUUGGGCUGCUGAGACGUUGAAAACAUUGGUUUUAGUGCUUACGUCUAACGUAUACACAUCAAGUAUAGAGACAAAAGUUUAAAGCUUCAGAAAAGGCACUUCUGCAGGAUUGUUAAAUUUAUAUAGUCGCAAUAGAUUUUCUUAAGUGUGCCAUCGCGAUGGCUGCACCAGCAGCCUGUACGCGUUUUUCGGACAAUUACGACAUCAAAGAAGAGCUGGGAAAAGGGGCAUUUUCAAUAGUAAAAAGAUGUGUCCAAAAAUCAACUGGAUUUGAAUUCGCUGCAAAAAUUAUAAAUACAAAAAAACUCACCGCAAGAGAUUUUCAAAAACUGGAACGUGAAGCGAGGAUCUGCAGAAAAUUACACCAUCCUAACAUAGUGCGUUUGCAUGACAGUAUACAGGAGGAGAACUAUCACUACCUUGUUUUUGAUCUUGUAACUGGUGGUGAACUUUUCGAAGAUAUUGUUGCGCGUGAAUUUUAUUCAGAGGCUGAUGCAUCACAUUGUAUUCAACAAAUAUUGGAAUCGGUCAAUCACUGCCACCAAAAUGGUGUGGUGCAUCGUGAUCUGAAACCAGAGAAUUUACUAUUAGCUAGUAAGGCAAAGGGUGCAGCAGUGAAACUCGCUGACUUUGGUCUAGCCAUUGAAGUUCAAGGCGAUCAUCAGGCUUGGUUUGGAUUUGCUGGCACUCCAGGAUAUUUGUCGCCAGAGGUAUUGAAAAAGGAGCCCUAUGGCAAAUCGGUAGAUAUAUGGGCAUGUGGAGUUAUUCUAUACAUACUUCUCGUUGGUUAUCCACCAUUCUGGGACGAGGAUCAGCACCGAUUGUACUCGCAGAUUAAAGCAGGAGCUUAUGAUUAUCCGUCUCCAGAAUGGGAUACGGUCACCCCAGAAGCAAAGAAUCUUAUAAAUCAAAUGCUUACGGUAAAUCCAAAUAAGCGAAUAACUGCCGCCGAGGCAUUAAAGCACCCAUGGAUUUGUCAAAGAGAGCGUGUGGCUUCCGUUGUCCAUCGCCAAGAAACCGUAGACUGUCUCAAGAAGUUUAAUGCACGUCGCAAGCUAAAGGGAGCAAUUCUUACGACAAUGUUGGCUACCAGGAACUUUUCGAGCAGAAGCAUGAUAACCAAAAAGGGUGACGGAUCUCAAGUUAAAGAAUCAACUGAUUCUUCUAGCACUACGCUUGAAGACGAUGACAUAAAAGAAGAUAAAAAAGGAAUUGUUGAUCGCAGUACCACAGUCAUAUCAAAAGAGCCAGAAGAUAUAAGGAUACUGUGUCCUGCAAAAACUUGCCAGCAAAUUACAGGAAACUCGCAGUGCUCGUCAGCAGCUAGACGACAAGAAAUAAUAAAGAUUACUGAACAGUUGAUUGAAGCGAUUAACAGUGGCGAUUUUGAUGGAUACACCAAAAUAUGUGAUCCGCAUUUAACUGCCUUUGAGCCAGAAGCAUUGGGCAACCUUGUCGAAGGAAUUGAUUUCCACAAAUUUUACUUUGAAAAUGUUCUUGGUAAAAAUUGCAAAGCCAUUAACACAACCAUUUUAAAUCCUCAUGUGCACUUAUUGGGUGAAGAAGCUGCUUGCAUUGCCUACGUCAGACUUACGCAGUACAUUGAUAAACAAGGUCAUGCACACACCCAUCAGUCGGAGGAGACGCGCGUCUGGCACAAACGCGAUAACAAAUGGCAGAAUGUUCACUUUCAUCGUAGUGCAUCUGCCAAAAUAAGCGGAGCUACUACAUUCGAUUUUGUAUCCCAAAAGUAGUGGGCAUUAGACAAUGGAAACUGAACUGUCAUCAUGCACAUGGCAAUGAAAGUGCUAUAGUCAUAUUUAAAGGGCGCGCUUAGUAUUUUGCGAAUAAAGUUGUUAGUGCGAAUUUAUAUUUUUUUAUUUGUUUUUAAUUGAUUUGUACCCCCUGUUAUACUAUGUUAAAAUAUAUAAUACAAUUAAAAGCAUAUAUAGCAUUUCAGAUAUCCCACAGAAAUUAAAAAGGAAAAAACACGAAUAAAAAAAAACAAAUAAUAUUGGUACAUUAAAUAUUUGAUGUAAAUGUCAUCGUACCAAUUAUAAGAUUGUAAAUUAAUGUUUUCAAGGAAAGAAACAAGUUUAUAAUUUAGGUUUUAAUGAUAUCAAUCUUGAAAUAAAAAUUCAAAACGUUGUAUCUUAUGGAAUAGCAAGAGUAUAAUUCCAACAACUUUACCUUAUCUUCUAAAUAAUUGCAAACAAUUUAAAAGGCAUGUAUCAUGUACUAGGAUACAAAUAAUCAUUUGUUUGAGCAGUCAGCUUAUUCUUGUUCUUAUAAUACAUCCACACAUACAUAGCCUACUAAAAUGUGUGAAUACAGCCGAAUUCAAAUUACUCAAGUUAGCAUUAAUAAAUGUGAAACUGUAAAGAAUUAGGUAACGACAAUGUAGCAUUUAAAAUUUUGAAAAAUUAAGUACAUUAAAACCAAAUGAAUAAAUUAGCUAAUUGAAAUAUAAAAUAAAGCCGAAUUAAUUGAGAUUAUGCGAUUACUCAAUAUGCGUUUAUGCCGUCUAUAUACAACUACUUCGCCUUUCUGUCCGUAUCUGCUACUCAUAAGUAUAAAUAGGUGUCCCAAGAAUACACACCCUUUACUUAAAUUGGCAUAAUAUAAUAAUUAUUUUCUAUCUUGCCAUAAUUAUUCUUUUCAAAGUUAUAUUUGCUGGGACUAUUGUACAGCAUUUGGUAGACGUUAUUGUUAUUCUUAUAAUUGUGUUCAUUUAAAUGGAGGGUCGAAAAUAUUUUUUAUACGAGAAAUAUUAUAGUGUCUAUAUAACAUUUAUAUUUAUAAACGAAAACAUAAUUUUGUUUAACAAAUUCAUAUUCAAAGGGGAUAAUAAUAUAUGGUUUUGCGAUAAUUUUCAAAUUCAUUGAAGUGGUGGCAAAAAUAUUCUUGGGAUCAAUCUAAUAUAUACGUACACAUGAAGAGCCUGCAAGAUACCGACAUAAGUGCAAAACAAAACGCAACAUUAAAGUUAAAUGCAAAUCGUAUUGUUGUAUUUCCUAUAUAAUUUAUAUUAAUUUUAUGAGAAUGUUUCAAUAUUAAAAAAAAAUUUUCUUCAUCCUUCGGUGAAAGUCCCAAAUAAUAUUAUAUGACUAUUCUUCUAAUUUUUCUAUUUCCAAAAUUUUAUAUAAAUAAAAUGUGUAAUAGAUUAAGACCCUUUACUAAAUGGAUAUUUUUGUGUAUAAAUAUAUUGUAUGUAUGAGACUGUAUCAUCGUAAAAUAAUUACACCUUUUUCUGAUCAUAUUUGUAUAAAGAAUAUGAAUUUAAAACGAUUUUUGAAAUUUGGCACACAUUUGUUUAAACUUAAAACCCAAUAACUAUUCUUUAAUAAGCGAUUGAGAAACUAUUUUCCGAUUCUAUGAACUUGUACGUUAAUUGGAACCCACUCCUCUAGCUUUAAAUGAUAAUAGGAUAAUGCCUUUAGAACGGAAUGGAAUGUAUUUAUGUUUCCUUUUAAUUGUCUAAUACUAUUAGUCAAUUUAGGAAAGGGACUUAUUCACAUGGUCAUCAAAAUGUAAAAUGUUGUUUCUAAAUUUUCUUUUUUUAAGGACAUAAUGUCAUACUUAUAAUACGAAAUCAAUACGAAAUCAAACUAUUUAAACCAUUUGGACAUACUAAAUCGAUCGAAGAGCUGUUGCUCCUAAGGAAAAACUCUUAAGAUUAAUAUCUAAUUCAUUAACAGAAUGUUUCUCAAAAAACAUAAAACCAAAUAAUAAAAGAAAUGCAAUUUGCCUAUACAAAUUAUUUUCGUUAGUAUAUGUCCUUUAUAUUUUAAGCAUAUUUAAAGCAUAAUGCAAAGUCCAUAACACAAUUUAAUAAUUCAAAAUAUUAAAUAAAUUAUUCCAUAUAUAUGAUUUAUUAAAUACAAAUAAAUACUUAAUAAAAUGA